GAGAUUUCUUAGCCGUCGCGCCAAGUGGAGGACCGACACGCCUAGUGCGGACUGGCCCUGCCCUAACGUGAACUAUAUCCUCCCGGAACGUGGAUAGGAACUCGGAAACAACCCUCGACUCGCUCCUAUCCAGGCCACCAGCCUGCUACGCCGCCGGAAACGUCCAAUGCAGGAUUCAAAGCAUCAAAGUCCAAUCUCCGGUCUCAUCCACUGCAAUAUUUCCUCCGAGAUUUGGGGUGGAGUCUUGUUAGGAAUGUCUCAGUCUCGCCGGGGCUCCCAAAGGGACUGGCCCAGAGCGCGAUAGCAUUUUAUAUGUCAAAACCCGGGGGUUCCUCCAAGUAUUCGACUUCAACCAGUCUUCCGAGUGCCGUGCGAGUCAAGCCUACGAUGGGGUUGUUCCUGGCUUGGGCAACGGUCCUCCUGCUGGCCUGCCGCGUGCAGGCAGCAGCGGUCUUUGCUCACUUCAUGGUCACAAAUUCGGCCAACUACACCAGCGAUGACUGGAAGACGGACAUGAAAUUGGCCCAGGAUGCGCACAUCGACGCCUUUGCCUUGAACAUGGCAUAUAACGAUCCUAACAACAUCGAUGCUCUGCCGGCAGCCUUCUCCGCCGCCGAUAGCGUUGGCUUCAAACUCUUCUUUUCAUUUGAUUACGCCGGCAAUGGCAACUGGCCGAAGAGUGACGUUAUCAAUCUGAUCAACCAGUACAGCGCUCACUCCUCGUAUUACUUCUACAAGGGACAGGCGUUUGUUUCCACGUUUGAGGGCCCCGGUCGCGCUGACGACUGGCCCGCGAUCAAGGCGGCCACGGGCUGCUUCUUCAUCCCGAGUUGGUCGUCCCUGGGGGCCAAGCCCGCUGUCGAAACCGGGGUUGUGGACGGCCUAUUCAGCUGGGCAGGCUGGCCCUGGGGUCCCCAAGACAUGAACACCUACAUCGACGCCUCCUAUAUCCAGUAUCUGGCCAGUCUGCCAUACAUGAUGCCCGUGUCUCCCUGGUUCUAUACCAAUCUGCCGGGAUACAAGAAGAAUUGGCUGUGGCGCGGCGACCACCUGUGGCAUGACCGCUGGCAGGAAGUGCUCUACGUUCAGCCGGAAUUUGUCCAAAUAAUCUCGUGGAAUGACUACGGUGAGUCCCACUACAUCGGACCCUUGUAUGACAAGGCGAUGGAGGCCUUCGCGAUCGGAAAGGCCCCCUUCAACUACGUGAAAGAUAUGCCCCACGACGCCUGGCGCAAGACCCUCCCGUUCUUCAUCGACAUGUAUAAGGAGGGGACCGCCACGGUCACGGAAGAAAGCAUCGUGGCCUGGUAUCGACUGAGCCCGGCGGCCGCCUGCAGCAGCGGAGGCACCAGUGCCAAUACCGCCUCGCAGCUGCAGAUCGAAUUCCCGCCGGCUGAGGUGGUCCAGGAUCGCAUCUUCUACUCCGCCGUCCUGGGGUCUUUCUCGGGCGUAGUGGUCUCGAUUGGAGGCUCCGCUCAGACGGCCGCGUGGAGCUCGGUGCCCAACGAGAAUAUCGGUGUCUAUCACGGCAGUGUCGCCAUCAACGGCCGCACGGGACCUGUCACCGUCUCCCUCAUGCGCGACAACAAGGUCUUCGCAACGAUCGAGGGCAAGGCCAUCUCCACCAGCUGUCCUAACGGAAUCCAGAACUACAAUGCCUGGGUGGGCGGCGCCGUGGGCGGCAAAGUCUCCGCCACGCCGGACCUGCUCCUUUCCAAGCAGACCUGUAUGAACGGCACAGGUGCGAAUAAUUUCGCCGGCAUCUGUGAAUUCGCCUGCACAUACGGUUACUGUCCGCUGGGCGCCUGCACAUGUACGCAAAUGGGGCUGGGCUACGAGAAACCGAAUUCCACGGGGGUGGUCGGCUACCCCAUCGCCGGCGAGGACGCCAGCUACAGUGGCCUGUGCAAUUUUGACUGCAACCUGGGCCACUGUCCUCCAACGGCCUGCGGCACCGUCGAGGUUCCUCUCACCACACCCACGGUCUCUCCGUUCUUGCCGCCGGCCUGCACAUCCGGCAAGGGAGAGGGAAACCUGGCAGGCCUCUGCGACUUCAGCUGUACCCAUGGCUUCUGUCCGAUGAACGCAUGUACCUGCACGGGUCAAGGUGCUGUGAAUGUCUUAGAUCCCACCUCUGACGUAGUAGGGAAGCCGGGACCGGGGAUGGAUGAGGCCAUCUACGGCCCUCUGUGCGAAUACACCUGUCAGCGCGGUUACUGUCCUGAUCCCGCCUGCGUCGAAGGCUCGAGCGGAUCGGAGUCAGGGUCGGGGGCGGGAUCGGGCGAUGGAGAGGUGUAUAUCGCACCGGAGAUCUGGGGGCAUCCGUCACCAGUGGUUGGAUGUCAGCCCCCCUGCACCCUGAUCUUGCCCCCAUUGCCUCUGGACGAGCCAACUCAAAUCACCAUCCCUACCUGGGAGACACCCAUUACUCGCAAGACGGCGUCUACCCGAACCACCACCGACGAGGAUGGGGCGACGGGCACCGUCCGUGGCUUCGACGUGACGACGACCACCAUCACCAUCACCUUCCCCCCUAUUGUGAGGACAGACAUUCCCGUCUGGCAAGCCGUAAUCAACGCCAGCCAGACUGGUUCCUCUACCCUGGAGAUGACCAGCAGCAUCGACCUGCCUCAUAUGAUCUACGUGCUGCCUCCUCAAGGGACUGGCCCCAGCGCGACGAGCACCACGACGACCAUCACUCCUCCGCCGUAUCCGUGGUCCCAGACCAGUAAGGACUCCGUGCUUAAUACGCGCACGACCACCUGGUCAUCUGAAAGCCCCACCCCUUCUGCCAGCAAGGGGAGCAAAGGCACUGGCCAUGGCUGCUUUCCCUUCUGUGAUGGUCCCUGUCUCCAUUGCCCUCCCGGCGGCGGGUCGAUCAACGGUGGCGGAGGGUCCGGCGGCGGCGGCGGCUCUUCAGAGGGCGAGGGCGAAAAUGAGGAGGAGUGCAGCACUCGCACCGCCCAGGUCUGCUCGACUGCCUGCGUUGCGGGCUCUGGCUGCGAUUUUCAUUGCUCCAGCACGACCGGAUGCUCCGCGACGGCGUCGUCGACCAAGAUCGUGGGCACGCCGCCGGCUGGAGUAAAGAUGGCCACGACCUGGGAGCAUAGGCCCAGUCAGACCAGUAACCCGGAUGCUGAAUCCAGCAUCGCGAGCUCGUUGGACUCGGUAUAUUCCUCUGCCUACGGUACAUUGUCCGUCCUCUAUCCAACCCCGACCAACACCGGUCCCGCCCCCAGCAACGGCCCCUACGGUGGAGGGAUCGAAAUUACCUAUUACGAGGACGAUCGCGACAAGGAUGCGGUGCAGUGGGACCUCUUCGAAUACUAUCAGAACAACCUCCACGGCGGCCUAGGCUGUCCCGAGGUCAUCACGCCGGACCAGGUCCGGCAUGACGGUGCCUAUCAUGGACUGGGCGAUAACACCGGCGGCUGGAAGGCCUUCGGCGCCACCUGUACCUACCAUGGCGAUAACCUGCCCGUCUCACCGGGCGGCACCAAGGUUGGCACGUUCAAGUGCGAUAAAUAUCGCGAUGCUGUCUGUUACAGCAUGACGGGUGGCGGAAACACUUGCGCCAAUGGAUGGCAAAGGACAUACCCCAUAGUGUUUUGCGAGUGGUAGUGAAGGAUCGGGAAAUACUAUACAGACUAAU